UUGUAUUAGUUUGGAACCCAAAAUCAAAAGCUUUGGCUCAUGUUGACUAUCUUAUAUCUCAUGAGUAAUUGCAGCACCAACCAUGGGAGGAAGCAGAGAGUAUCAAAUGCAGAGAAAACUUAGUGGUAGAGAGCAGCUCCACACGACAGCCACUGAUUUUUCUGGGUAAUCACAUUCGAGAGGCCAUGAGCAUAUUAGGUCAGUUCUAAUGCUAAAGUAGAAACAGGCUUUCAUAAUUGUGGCCAUCUCUCCUAAUAUAUUAACAUAAUUAUCAUCAUUUACAUUUUCUCCUAUUGUCCUUCUUCAGGUAGUUGUGCCAACAAUGCCAAUGGAUGGAGCGAAUCACUCUGUGGUGUCAGAGUUUGUGUUCCUGGGACUCACCGAUUCCUGGGAGAUCCAACUUCUCCUCUUUGUGUUCUCCUCCACGUUUUAUGUGGCAAGCAUGAUGGGAAACUCCCUCAUUAUGCUCACUGUGACCUCUGACCCCCACUUACACUCCCCCAUGUACUUUCUGUUGGCCAACCUCUCCUUCAUUGACCUGGGAGUUUCUUCUGUCACUUCUCCCAAGAUGAUUUAUGAUCUUUUCAGAAAGUGUAAAGUCAUCUCCUUUGGAGGCUGCAUCUCCCAGAUCUUCUUCAUCCAUGUCAUUGGUGGUGUGGAGAUGGUGCUGCUUAUCGCCAUGGCCUUUGACAGAUAUGUUGCCAUAUGUAAGCCUCUCCACUAUCUGACCAUCAUGAGCCCAAGAAUGUGCCUCUUCUUUUUAGUGGCUGCCUGGAUGACUGGCCUCAUCCACUCCAUGGUUCAACUGGUGUUUGUGGUAAACUUACCCUUCUGUGGUCCUAAUGUGUUGGACAGCUUUUACUGUGACCUUCCUCGGUUCAUCAAACUUGCCUGCACGGACACCGACCGACUAGAGUUUAUGGUCACAGCCAACAGUGGAUUCAUCUCUGUUGGCUCCUUCCUCAUACUGAUCAUUUCCUAUAUCAUCAUCAUUCUCACUGUUCAGAAACACUCUUCAGCUGGUUCAUCCAAGGCUCUGUCCACACUGUCAGCUCACAUCACUGUGGUAUUCUUGUUCUUUGGUCCUUUGAUAUUUGUCUAUACAUGGCCAUCUCCCUCCAUACACCUGGAUAAGUUUCUGGCCAUCUUUGAUGCUAUUCUCACUCCUUUCCUAAAUCCGGUCAUCUAUACAUUCAGGAACCAAGAAAUGCAGGUGGCAAUGAGGAGGGUAUGCAGACAGCUAGUGAAUUACAGGAAGAUCUCUUAAGGAAUGUCUGGUGUUGUGAAGAGUCCUUGUUGAUUACUGAUGUCCAUUAUUUAUGGUCAAACUCAGUGAGAAGCUCUUGUUUGUCUUACCUUGCUUUGAUUAUACACACUGGUACUGAGUCUAUUUUUCUCUUUCACUCAGGAGGGAGGGACAUUUACUUUUGAAAAGAGAGGAGUUACAUAUGAAGUAUUUCAAACUUAAGAUUACAAUAAUUUUGAGCCUCAAUUCCUAAGGAAUCAUAUUUAUAUGAAGUAAUUGUUGGAAAUACAAAAGACGGUAGACUUCUUUAAGGCCUUCAGAACAGGGAGAGCUGUCUCCUUUUUUUGACAGGAGUCUGUCUCACAGAAAGGAAUUCCUACUGGUACUCAAUGGGGGUUUGCUGACAGAAAUGAAUGAAGUCUUCUUAUUGUAUGCUGCAGCUUGUCCACAUUCUACCCCUUCUGUGGGUCUCUGUCAGGCCCGUGCAAGGAGGGAAGUGUUUUUGAGAGCACACACAAUCUUUGAGAACACACAUAUACAAGCCCAAUGGGUACAUGUCUGGGUAGAAGCCAUGUAUUUUCAGAAUAUAAAGAACUGGGAAAACACCAGGAUCUUUCUCCUUGAUUAGUAUUAUGUUAUUCAAACCCAUUAAAUCUUCAUUCCCUUUUCCCUUCUGCUUCUUCCUCUUCAUUUUUCCUCAGUCACGUAUGGUCUCUGGGCUAUGAAGAUCUCUAGCCCCCUUCCCUCUCAUUUUUCAGCUUCCUUACUUCUCCUUCUCCCUGUGCCACCAUUCCUCCUUCUUUUCUCACUUCUUUUCACUUGCAGCUCUGUCCCCUUCUAACUUACUGCUGUGCUAUUAAUUAUCUUUUUUUUAAUUGAUGUAUAAUUGAAACUUAACAUUAUGCCAGGUUCAGGUGUACAAAAUGAUUCAAUAUUUGUAUAUAUUGCAAAAUGAUCACCACAAUAAAGUUAUCUAACAUCUGUCACCAUACAUUACUGCUGUCUCCUUUAAAUUUCUAUUUCUCUAUUAUGAAUGUAUAAAUUGCCUCCUCCACAGGUUUCAUGUCUUGAAUGACUUGU